UAAUGCGUGGUUAGUGAUGGCUAGUGUUGUGUUCCUACAUCCCGAUCUCGGUAUCGGUGGCGCUGAGCGUCUAGUUGUUGAUGCCGCACUGGCAUUGCAGACUAGAGGACAUAAGGUUAAAAUAUUGACGGCUCAUCAUGACCGGUCCCACUGUUUCCUGGAGACACGCGACGGUCAGCUUGAGGUCAUUGCAACAGGAGACUGGUUACCGAGGUCUGUGUUUGGACGAUGCCAGGCUCUAUUUGCAUCAAUAAGAAUGGUAUACAUUACACUCUACCUCAUGUUCUUCCUCGCUUGCGAUAUCGUGAUCGUUGAUCAAGUAUCUACUCCCCUCCCUCUCCUUUAUUUCAUGGAUUAUCCAACCCUCUUCUACUGUCACUUCCCCGACCUACUGCUCACUUCAGGACGAACAGGGUUAAAGGCCCUGUAUCGGUAUCCUCUGGAUCGAUGGGAAGAAUAUUCAACUGGGUUUGCCGAUGUUAUUUUCGUUAACAGUGGGUUUACUAAACAGGUUUUCCGUUCCACAUUUCAACGAUUAACGAAGGUGAACCCAAUUAUACUGUAUCCGUCUCUGAGUACUGAAAUAUUUAACCAGGACGGUUCUGAGCCCUCGGGUCUCCAAGCUAAACCAAAACAGUUCUUCCUCUCGAUAAAUAGAUAUGAACGAAAGAAGAACCUGGAGCUGGCAAUACAAAGCUUUGCUCAGCUCUCUGCAGAAAACAGACUUGAGACUAGACUCGUCAUGGUGGGAGGAUACGAUAAUAGGGUAGAAGAGAAUGUAGAAUAUUUUCAAGAGCUUAAUCAGUUGGUUGCAAAGCUAAAACUUGAAGAGCAAGUCGAGUUCUUAAAAUCUCCGUCUGAUGCGGAGAAGGUUUGGUUACUCAAGAACGCUCUAUGUCUUGUGUAUACUCCUACUAAUGAACAUUUCGGCAUUGUACCCCUUGAGUCUAUGUACUGUAGAACACCCGUUAUAGCUGUGAAUAGUGGGGGCCCUACAGAGACAAUAGUAAACUCGGUGACUGGCUGGCUCCGUCAACCUAAUAUAGAAGAGUUUAGUAAAGCAAUGGAGGGAGUUCUAGAGAAUAGAGAACAGUUAUAUAUUGUAGGGAUCGAAGGGAAGAAUAGAGUUGAACGAUAUUUCUCUUUUAAUUCGUUUGGAGAAAAAUUAGAAAGCUCGAUUUUUGAACUUGUCGGUAAACGGAGACAGAGUCUGAGCUUUCUCAGCAGCCUAGCUGUAGCUUUCCAUUUCUGCCUGGCCCUGGGUAUUCUGUAUUGGAUGAUUUUCGGGAUGCCGUUUCCCUAGUCAGCUGUUCCUGGCAGGACUUGGAGUCAGCUGAUGGCAGACAUUCUCCCAACCCUGCUCCAGUCAACCCAACCUCACGCUGCAGUAUACACACACCAUCUUGUUUAUUAUACAUUUAAACUUCAGAUUUUUAAACAAAAUUUGAUUUUUCAUUUAUUUCGUUUUCUGUGAUAAUCUUUACAUUUUUAUAUAUUUUAGGUGUUCAGUUAUUUAAUUGCCGCAUUUUCUAUUUGUAUUGAUCAUGAAUUUGUUGUAAAUUAUUGUAACUCAUUUAUUUAUUGUAAAUCAUUUGCAUUCAGUGAAAAUGUGUUAUAUCGUGAAAUCUAUAUUUAACACAUGUUUCUAAUCUGAUAUAUUUCAGA